AUGAACGGUCGAGCAGGUGACCACAUUCCAAGUUCCCAACUAGAGAUCGUCUUCACAGCUGGCAGUCUGGAUUCCAUCAAGCUGCAGUUUCUCAAUAACCUCAUCAGCAGUCAUGUAACCGGGAAUCAAGACACUCUGUUCCAUUCCAUUGCUUUCAUAGAAGAUUGUAUCCGGCUCUGCACAUUCUUCGUGCUGAGAAUAUUCGUCCUCAUCCAUCUCGCAUUGAGAGGAAAGACCAGUAAGCCAUCUGGCAGAGCGACCUACGCCAUUGGCUGGAGUGUGGCAAACUCGGCCAGCUCUGGGAUUUUGAAAGGGAAAUUAGGGGAAAGGACAUGGCUACCUGUUAUUCGGCAGUGUGAAGAGAAAACUGGCUUGACGAUUCCGAAGAUUGCAGCAUCUGUUCUCUUGGAUGUUUGUGCAGCAUGUGCUCAUUCCGGUGCAUCGGGGUCCAGUAUGUCCGCAGAUAUCAGCAGCAGAGGCAAGAGGUGCAAUAAGGAUGGUGGCAAGUAUGAGGAACUGCAUUUUGCUUGCGAGUAG